GGCUUGACCCCCCGGCUGCCCGCAGAAGCCGGCGUCGAGCACCUACGCGGUGAGGGGCUCGCUGGGCUGCGGCCCUGGGGUCCCGGGGAAGGAGGCGGCAUGGCUUCGGUGUUCAUGUGUGGAGUGGAGGACCUGCUGUUCAGCGGCAGCCGUUUCGUGUGGAACUUGACCGUGUCCACGCUGCGGAGAUGGUACACGGAGAGGCUGCGCGCUUGCCACCAGGUGCUGCGGACGUGGUGCGGGCUGCGGGAGGUGUACCAGAUGACAGAAGGCAGGCACUGCCAGGUGCACCUCCUGGAUGACAGGAGACUGGAGCUGCUGGUUCAGCCCAAACUUUUAUCAAGAGAACUGCUGGACCUUGUGGCUUCACAUUUCAACUUGAAAGAAAAGGAGUACUUUGGAAUAACAUUUACGGACGACACAGGUCAGCAGAACUGGCUACAGUUAGAUCACCGAGUUCUUGACCAUGAUCUGCCCAAGAAACCAGGCGCAACCAUUUUGCACUUCGCUGUGAGGUUUUACAUUGAGAGCAUAUCGUUUCUAAAGGAUAAAACCACCGUGGAGCUUUUUUUCCUGAAUGCAAAGUCCUGUGUACACAAGGGGCAAAUCGAAGCGGACAGCGAAACCAUCUUCAAGUUAGCGGCGCUUGUGUUGCAGGAAGCCAAAGGGGAUUAUACCAGUGAUGAAAAUGCCAGGAAAGAUUUAAAGACCUUACCAGCCUUUCCAACCAAAACUCUUCAAGAGCACCCAUCCCUGGCAUACUGUGAAGACAGAGUGAUUGAGCAUUAUUUGAAAAUCAAAGGUCUGACUCGGGGUCAAGCUGUGGUUCAGUAUAUGAAAAUAGUAGAAGCUCUACCAACCUACGGAGUCCAUUAUUAUGCAGUAAAGGACAAACAAGGACUUCCUUGGUGGCUUGGAAUCAGCUAUAAAGGAAUCGGCCAGUAUGAUUUGCAAGAUAAAGUGAAACCUCGGAAAUUAUUCCAAUGGAAACAGCUCGAGAACUUAUAUUUCCGUGAGAAAAAAUUUGCCGUUGAAGUUCACGAUCCACGGAGGAUUUCUGUGUCAAGAAGAACCUUCGGGCAAAGUGGCCUCUUUGUGCAAACGUGGUAUGCGAACCCUUCUCUCAUCAAGUCCAUCUGGGUAAUGGCAAUUAGUCAGCAUCAGUUUUAUUUGGACCGGAAGCAAAGCAAAGCAAAAAUUCCUUCCGCCAGGAGUUUAGAUGAUAUUGCGAUCGAUUUGACAGAAACAGGAACACCAAGGGUCUCCAAAAUGGUGACACUGGAGGCAAAAAGUCAGUUCAUCAUGGCGAGCAAUGGCAGCUUAAUCUCUUCAGGUUCUCAGGACUCAGAAGUUAGUGAGGAGCAGAAGAGAGAGAAAAUCCUUGAGCUCAGGAAGAAGGAAAAGCUCUUGCAAGAAAAACUCCUGAAGAAAGUCGAGGAGCUGAAGAAGAUCUGUUUGCGGGAGGCUGAGCUCACGGGGAGAAUGCCAAAGGAAUAUCCGCUAACUGGCGGUGAGAAACCGCCUCAGGUCAGAAGGCGUGUGGGCACCGCGUUCAAACUGGAUGACAACCUGCUGCCAAGUGAGGAGGAUCCUGCUCUACAAGAACUGGAGAGCAAUUUCCUAAUACAACAAAAGCUGGUUGAAGCUGCAAAGAAACUUGCCAGUGAGCCAGACCUUUGUAAAACCGUGAAGAAAAAACGAAAGCAGGAUUACACGGAUGCCAUGAAAAAGCUUCAGGACAUCGAAAACGCGAUAAAUGAAUACCGGAUCAGAUGUGGAAAGAAACCCAGCCAGAAAGCAACAGUGAUUUUACCAGAAGACAUAAUCCCAUCAGAGAGCAGCUCCUUGUCUGACACUACCACCUAUGAUGAUUCUGAUACCUUCACUCUUGCUGGGCAACGACCAAGUUCAGUACCUCAUUCUCCAAGAAUUCUUCCCCCCAAGUCUCUCGGUAUCGAGCGAAUCCAUUUCAGAAAGUCGUCUGUCAAUGAACAGUUUGUGGACACCAGGCAGUCCAGGGAAAUGCUGUCGACACACAGCAGCCCUUACCGAACCCUUGAGAGGCGGCCCCAGGGAGGACGGAGCAUGCCCACCACACCGGUUCUCACCCGCAACGCCUACAGCAGCAGCCACUUGGAACCCGAAUCUUCUUCCCAGCACUGCCGCCAGCGGAGUGGAAGCCUUGAGUCUCAGUCCCACCUGCUGUCUGAGAUGGACAACGAUAAGCCAUUUUUUUCCCUCUCCAAAUCCCAAAGAAGCAGUAGUACGGAAAUCCUGGAUGACGGGUCUUCCUACACCAGCCAGUCAAGCACAGAGUAUUACUGCGUGACGCCUGUUGCCGGCCCCUAUUACACUACUCAGACUCUGGACACUCGUUCCAGGGGCCGGAGAAGGUCCAAGAAACAGAACGUUUCCACUUCAAAUUCAGGAAGCAUGCCCAACCUAGCACAAAAGGAUAGUUUGAGAAAUGGCGUCUACACAAAGAGUCAGGAACAGCCUUCUUCAAGUUACUAUAUUGCCGGGUACACGCCAUAUGCAGAGUGUGACCUUUAUUACAGUGGCGGCUAUGUCUAUGAGAAUGACACUGAGGGACAGUACAGUGUCAAUCCUUCCUACCGGUCCUCGGCGCACUACGGAUACGAGCACCAGAGGGACUACAGCAGGUCCUUUCAUGAAGACGAGGUCGACCGGGUGCCCCAUAACCCAUAUGCAACUCUCCGGAUGCCCAGGAAGGCUGCUGCCAAGUCAGAGCACAUCACCAAAAACAUCCACAAGGCCUUAGUUGCAGAGCACCUGCGUGGCUGGUACCAGCGGGCCUCUGGACAGAAGGAGCAGGGCCACAGCCCCCAGACUAGCUUUGACUCGGACAGGGGAUCGCCGAGAUGCCUGGGGUUUGCUGGCCUGCAAGUACCCUGCUCUCCCAGCAGUCGAACAUCUUCCUACUCUUCAGUAUCUUCUACAAAUGCUUCCGGGAGCUGGAGGACCCAGGUAGCUGUAGGGCUGUCUGACUACGAGACCCCGGCACAUUCUUCCUACACCAGCUGCUACGGCAACAUCUAUAAUCCUUUGCCCUCUCCAGGCAGACAGUACACGGAGAUCAGUCAACUGGACAGUACGGAUGGAAACCGGUUGGAAGAAAGCCUGAAGAGCAGGGAGCAGAGGCUCUUUUGGCAUGAAGAUUCAAAGCCUGGAACAUUAGUCUGAACUGCACUUGGACCUCUUGACCCAGCACCGCGUUCUCACACUAGUGUGCCUUGCAAAGUGUGUUCGUCUUCCCAGAAAGCUAUUUGGCUUUAGAAAGCUAAAGGCAUCAAAGGUUGAAGAGAGGACUCCUGUUGCCCUGGAAGUGAAUCACCCUCUAAGGCCAUGUAACUGCCCCUGAACCACAUGCCUUUCCAACUCCAGGCACUAACCUAACAGAGCAAGGUGGAACCAUUGCCGAGGGCGGACUCAGCCUUUUUCAGUAGCAAGCACUUGGUAAGGGAAUAAACGUUGAAGGCAAACCGCAAAACUGUGAAAAGUGCUUUCAGGGUCUUUAAUUGGAAGGAAGGCUGGGAAAUUUCAGAGCACAAUUCACAAUGAUGAGAAAAAGGAAAACGAGAAACUCCUUAGACAUUGUUCACCAUCAGAAAGUUUGGAUUUGUGAGCCGGCGACGAAUAACAUGCCCUUUCUACAUGGACGUGAACAAUUUAGACAGUAUUGGAAAAUUACUUGAAGAGAAGCUGGAUUUUCAUGAAGUUCUGAAUGAUUGUAAAUGUUUUUAGGAUAUUAUAAAGAGUGAUGGUUUUCAUAAGCACCGUAAAAUGGGUCCCAGAAAGACUUAUUGCCGUAGCAUCCUGUAAUAUAACUUUAUGGUAGCAGAUUGGGGAAAACAAAUCAGCCCCCUGAAUAAUUGACAAACUCUGCUUGGAGAAUUUUCUAAGGUACAAUAUCACUGGGAUCCUUCUUUCUUUCUACACCAGUGGCCUGGUGGGUUAUUAUUCAGGCUAGUAACUCUCCAACUUGGCUAUCAUAUGAAAUGGCAGAACUGACAUGGAGAGUUUUUCUAAUUAAGAGUUUGAAAAAGUAUUUUAAGGUAAUACAGAAAGAACCCAAAACAAAACAAAAUGACAAAACAAAAGCCACAUCAUUUUCGAUGAAUUGCGUGCCUUAAAAUGGUGAACGUUAGGAAAGUAAGCGCAUUGUCCUGAUUCCACAGAGGGUUCUAAGUCACCAAGUGACAAAAACAAGAUUAGUCAUUAAAGAGGAAAAAACACAAAAACGCACACACACAAAACAAAAAACUCCAAGCUGCAGUAGAUUUAAUUAUGAGGCUAAAACUACCUCAUACUUUACUUGGAAGAACUGAUUAACUAUGGUUUAUUGUAGGUUUUAAAAAAAUUCCAUAUUCCAGAUUGAUCUUUUUUGUUAUCUUCACUCUGCUUCAAUAUUUCAUAAAAGGUGCUCCCUCCCCCCACUUUUAUACAGGUUUCAUGUUCAUAUUGUGAAUAGAGAAGUUUCUGAACAACUUUUUUGGAACAUUUUCUAUCUAUAUUCCAAAGCAUGUAAUAUAUACAUAAAGAUGAUUUGUUAAACUGGUCCUUAGUCAUUUGUAUCAUUAAAAAUGAAGUUUGGGUAAAGAAUUUGGAACAAAGAAGACAUGCAAAAAAAUAACUUAUUCCUUUUUGCAUAUUUGUAUCGCCUUCUAGAAACAGAAAUACUUUUGCAUAUUCUUUUAAUGUUCUGACUUUUUUAAGACCUAUUAUUUUUUUACAUAGGUCAAUAAACUGAAGGUGUGCUACUGAAAAUGUUUACGUGUUCUUCCAUUACAUUCAGGGUUCAUAUAAAGCCGUUUAAAGUGCUCUACUUCAUGUAAUCAUGUUGGACAAGAUGGCAGAUUUUUAGUUAUAGUAUUACCAUAUUUUGCUGAUGCCAAGAUGCACAUAUUUUCAUAUUUACAUCUUUGAAAUCAGGAUGCAUCUUUUGAUUGAUGGCAUGCUCUAAAUGAAUUGGCAGUGUUUUUUUCUUUCCUAGUGCUACAUAAAAUAAUGCUGUGUCUUACAAUAAAGUUGUCUUAGAAUUGA